GAAUCAUGUGACAUAACAAGACGCGGGAGUAAAUGAGACGAGAGAGAAGGAUGACAGGUAAAUGAAAGCUGAGUCUCCACAUGUCGUCUUACGUAAACACCCACAUGUUGGUGAGACACUGGCAGGGGAUGAAGAAAAAAAGCAGAGGAGAAGACUUGGAGGAGGGAGUCGUGAUGGGCAGGUCUCUGUUUUGUGCAAAGGCUGGCAUCAAGAAAGGCCCUUGGACUCCAGAAGAAGAUAUCAUACUGGUCUCCUACAUCCAAAAACAUGGUCCUGGAAAGUGGAGAUCGAUACCUACUAAUACUGGCUUGAUGAGAUGCAGCAAGAGCUGCAGAUUAAGAUGGACAAACUACCUCAGACCAGGAAUCAAGCAUGGCAACUUCACUCCACAAGAAGAAGAAUUGAUCAUCCACCUCCAGUCAUUGCUAGGCAACAAGUGGGCAGCCAUAGCUUCGUACCUUCCACAGAGAACAGACAAUGAUGUCAAGAACCACUGGAACACCCACAUGAAGAAGAAGAUGAAGAGGUAUCAAGCAGCAAUUAGCAGCCACAGUGCUUCAUCCAGAGCAGGCAAUGUGUGCCAUGAGUUUGCAUCGAGAUGCUACGACACUGGAAGCGGAAAUUCUAAUGCCUACACCACCCAUUCUACUCUCCCCAUAUCCAAUCCAAGUACCUUAAAAUAUGCUUCAAGCACAGAGAACAUCUCGAGGCUUUUAGAAGGGUGGAGGAGGCCAUCUCAAGAUCAACAUAUAAGAUGUCAAAGCAUCACUAGGUUUGCCAACAGCAGCACCAACUCCUCAACUCCUGUGUGUUUCAUGGGGAAUCAAAUUAAUGUUGAAUUACCAGAGAGCUACAAUCCAGUCUCCAUUGAAGAACUCAAAUCAUUGCAAUUUUUAGAGGGCUCGAGCAGAAUUGAUUGGGAGGAAUCAUCAUCAGGAGCCACCUUUGGUGGGUCUCAGUCUGUCCCAGGUUGUUCUGAUGGGCAGAAGAUAUUGGAUGAUCAACACCCUCCUUUGACAAUGCUGGAGAGUUGGCUUGCUGAUGAGGCUGUGUAGGACAGGCAGAUUUCUCAGCCCUACCCACUAAACAAUGAUCAGAUGGAGUAUGUUGAUUUACUACUACAAUCAUCUACAUGAAAAUAUCCAAAGCUUCAAAUCUGUUCUCAAAUGUAAAGUAUUAAACUGUGUUUUCCAUGUGAUCUCAACUCACUCAAGAACAGGCAUUUGCAAUAAGUGAAUGAACUCAUCAAACAUGGAAAAGUUUGCCAAGAAUAUUAUUGUUGUAUCAUCA